AUGAAAUUCCCUGAAGAUGUCCCGGUGGGAGCCUAUGUGCCGCCAAUCCUUCGCUCGGCCACCAUUGUCCCAUCCGAUUGCACAUUCACCGCCCGUUACAACAAGAACACGAAAUUAAUCAACUACAAGUACGAGAUUACUUGGAACGAGCUGCACGAGUCGCUGGAUAGAGCUGAAGAACGGGAUGAUAGUUUUCACAAAGUAGAAGCGAUUGAGCCAAAAGUGAUGUGUGACGGUGUUUGCAAGAAAAAGCAUAAACCAAAGAAGCUGUCGCAACGAGGACGAUGUGGCCAUUACUUAUGUGUUCCUUGCUCAACGCUUGUCAAGAACCCGGACGGAACUGAUGGUUGUUCGGCUUGGCAAUGUUACCGCAGUGCCUUUGGUUGGGAGUCCGAACAACAGGCCAAGAAGUACUACGAGACUCGAAUUUGCGCGAGCAAGGAAAGGGACAAGCUCCAACCGAUAUCAUGCUGUGCCUCUGUUGCGAGCGUCAACAAAUCGCCUAUUUCGAGUUCGCCGUUGGCUACAUCGACACCGAUUUCAAAGCCGAGUCAUUCGGUUUCUCUCUCACAAGACGUCUCUCGGCUUCAGCGCUCUUCCAGUGAACCGCGUUCUUACGGAAACACGUCUACUCGUGCGUAUCAAUAUGAAAUGCUGUUGGUGAAGAUUCUCGAGCACGAAGUCAUUCCAAUCAAUCGUCGUCAUACAAAGAUGUAUGAGGAAGAAGUCGGUGGUGAGGUGACCCUUGAGAAAUGUCUGAAUGAGAUUAUCGGGCCCCGUCCGCUCAAGGAUGGUCAAGUCUUUCUGUUGACGAAGGAGUACCCCUCGAAGAAGCAUGUCUUGUUCCUCAUCAACAAAGAGGCUAACAGGGGACUUCCGCUUUACAAGCUUGCGUCGAUUGGCGGAAAGCCUGAGAUUCAAAUUGCCAUUGACUACAGCGGUCAAAUGCGCAGCAAGAAGGUUCUC